AUGUCUGUUAACGAGUAUGAAGCACAAAGGCUAUCAAAUAUUGAGGCUAACAAGCAAGUUCUGCGUGAACUUGGUCUCGAAAGGCCUCCGCCAAUUUUUAUAGCCAAAAGAAAAAAAGCCACAAGCGACAAAAGAAAAGUAUCACGUCGAUUUAACGAAAACCAAAACAAUGCUGCAUCCAGUAGCAGUAGUGACUCUAAUGGCAGAUUGAGAAGGUCAGGACGUCUCUCUGAAAAG